CAUUGUGUCCUCAUUCCAUCUUAUUCCUUUUGUCUCUCUCUGCUUUAGAGAGAGAAAGAGUUAUCUCUUGUGGGAAAAGAGAGAGCUCCCAAGCCUUCUUCUGGUCUGGCUCAUGAAAGUUGGUAGGUGGCACUGAGGAGGAAGAUGAAAUGGUGUAGCAACGAUGAGGAUGACGAUCACCACCGUCCGAUCUGCGACGGCAAGUUCUCCUCAACUGCCAUGAUUGCCAAGCUAUGCUCCUCUUGCGGCCAUCGCAUUCAAGCUGAUCAUCAGCAGGGUGGUGGCGCAAUUGAAGAUCUGCCUGGGCUGCCAGCCGGAGUGAAGUUUGAUCCGACGGACCAGGAGCUUCUAGAGCAUUUAGAAGGGAAGGCACGGCCUGAUCUGCAGAAGCUUCAUCCACUCAUUGAUGAAUUCAUUCCAACCAUUGAGGGUCAGAAUGGUAUUUGUUACACCCACCCCCAGAAACUCCCAGGAGUAACAAGAGAUGGCCUCAUUCGCCACUUCUUUCACCGACCUUCGAAAGCCUACACAACAGGCACAAGAAAAAGAAGAAAAGUUCACACCGACGACCAUGGCGGCGAGACCCGCUGGCACAAAACCGGCAAGACGAGACCAGUCCUUGUGGAAGGCGGGGUGAAAGGCUAUAAGAAAAUACUCGUUCUCUACACGAACUAUGGUAAGCAAAGAAAGCCAGAAAAAACUAAUUGGGUCAUGCACCAAUAUCACUUGGGUUCCAAUGAAGAGGAGAAGGAUGGAGAGCUCGUCGUGUCGAAAGUAUUCUUUCAAACACAGCCGAGACAGUGCGGUUCAACGAUCAUGACGACGAAAAGUUCAACAAUUAAGAUGAAGUCAAAAGGUUUAAAUGGAGAUCAAGAUGGCCAAAUUUUGAAGGAAGCAAGUAUUGUUGACUUCUAUAGCCCUUCACUUAUCCCUAAUUACAAUCAAGGAGGGAAUCAUAGACCAAGUUCGCCUCAUUUGAUCCCUAACUUUAGCCUUCAAGGCCGUGGGUCUUCUUUUCUACACUGAUGAUUAUAUAUCUAUAUAUAUAUCUAUAUAUGUACCUAUAUAUGUAUGUAUAUGUAAAGCUAAUUUGACA